ACAAUGGUGGGUAUUUGGAGGCACAUUAUCCGACUGCCAGGCGCUAAAUCCGUCCUUGGUAUUAAUCAUACUUGGUUGCAACCCCAUCGGAGAUCCAUAACUUAUAUCCAGGGACAAUUUACCGAGAAUGUCCGGGAGUAUUUCUACUAUGUAGACCACCAGGGCAUGUUGUUCCAAGAUGACUCAAAGAUGAAAAAUUUCACCUCUUGUAUCAAGGACAAGCAAUUUCUGAGAUUCUUCUUCAAACGAUUAAAACGGAACGACCUACUUCGUUAUGAGCACGAGUUCCCCUAUAUCUCACCCUGCGGCAAGAAAGAGAUCAAUUUCGUGAGAUGCUUUGAUCAUCCCAUUGUAUACACUCACGUUAUAAGAGGAUCAUCCGGAGAAUCUCUUUUGUCCCAUAACCAAGCGGAUCGAUUGCUCACUACCGAGUUUCAACCCGCCGAGGUGGCCAUGGAUCCGAAUACCGGGCGGGUUUAUCACCCGGCUUCCGAGAAAUGUGGGAGUGUCGGAUUGAUUGCUGAUAAAUUGUCGAUUUUGUGGACUCAGGAGAAACGAUUCAUUUUCGGGAAUUCCGAAGAACAACCUCCGACCCAAUUCGUAUGGGACGGAAAGGAAAUAGAACUGUCUAAUCGACUCCUGAAAAGCGUAUCUUGUAAUUGAUUGAGGUGGAGGACGACUAAAUAAAUGACCGACCCUUGUAGGGUGUACUGCGUA